ACUGUUUGCAUAACGUUUCCUAUAUAUACACAUACAGCUCUGCUUUCCUUUUUUCAUUCAAGAUUUUAGGAGUAUAUGCAACGUUUUCUUUGCAUACUCCCCUUCAUUUUGCUUUUUAUUAAGCUCUCGUUCUGGGUUUAAGUUUUCAAUAAUAAAGACCUGCCGCUCUUCACUCUAUAGUUCUUCAAGAAAUAUAAUUAAGCUGCACUAUGGAAGACAAUAAAAACAUGAGUUUGGGAAAGGACACUCCUGAAUCACUUCCACCACUCAUCGAGCGUAUAUCUUCUCAAGAUUUGGACUGUUUUGAUACUGUGAAUCGAGGCGUUGUAUUGGACAGUCAUAUGGUCAGCCCCACGCCCGCUGAAACAAAGAUAGGUGAAGUCGAGGUCGAGAACAGUGGUGCUGAGUCCCACCAGAGAACACAUUCGGUUUCCAUCAGCAUGCCACUUUCUCCAAUGGAAGUUCAUUUGGAGGGAAAAAAAAGAGUUCUCUUCAGAGAUGAUUGUGAAACAAUUUCCAGCAGUGGUGUUUCACUUUCUCGGCUUUCAACCAAUAAUCCUCACCCCAAAAUUCCAAAGUUUCAUUCCCAACCAUUGCCAAAAGGUACCGCAGUAAGUGAUGCAAUUGCAAGUGGCAAACUUCCUGCGCGCCCAGUUCGCUCCCUGAAAAACCCCGUGGGUGGAAAUUUAUCAGAUAAAAGAUACAAUUCUUUCAAGACAUGGUCUGGAAAACUUGAAAGACAAUUGUCACAUCUGCGUGGAAGGGUGGAUGAGACGGAAGUAGACCCUCCACAAAAAAAUGAAAUGGAGAAUAUACCUGUGCACCGAUACUUUGAUGCCUUGGAAGGACCAGAGUUAGAUACUCUAAAGCCUUCAGAGGAGAUACUGCUUCCAGAGGACAAACUAUGGCCAUUUCUUCUUCGUUAUCCGAUUUCUUCAUUUGGAUUGUGCCUUGGUAUCAGCAGCCAAGCCAUAAUGUGGAAAAAUUUAGCUACAAGCACUUCUAUGGAUUUCCUCCAUGUAAGCCUGAAAGUAAAUCUCCUUCUGUGGAUCUUAUCCAUUGCUAUUUUUUGCGUGGUCGCUUUCAUCUACAUUCUGAAGAUCGUAUUCUACUUCGAGGCUGUUCGUCGUGAGUACUACCAUCCUAUACGUGUAAACUUCUUUUUUGCUCCAUGGAUAGCCUUGUUGUUCUUAGCUCUUGGAGUUCCGCCUUCUGUAACCAAAGAUCUGCAUGCUGCUCUGUGGUACGUCCUAAUGACACCUAUCUUAAUACUCGAGCUUAAGAUAUAUGGACAAUGGAUGUCGGGAGGACAGAGACGACUUUCAAAGGUGGCCAAUCCCUCAAACCAUCUCUCAGUUGUUGGUAAUUUUGUGGGCGCAUUACUGGGUGCAUCUAUGGGGCUAAAAGAAGGCCCAAUCUUCUUUUUUGCCGUAGGACUAGCUCACUACACAGUCCUGUUUGUUACCCUUUACCAAAGGCUCCCAACGAAUGAAACACUCCCAAAGGAACUCCACCCUGUGUUCUUUCUUUUUGUUGCUGCGCCUAGUGUUGCUUCUAUGGCAUGGGCAAAAAUUCAAGGAUCAUUUGAUUUUGGGUCGAGGAUUGCAUUCUUCAUUGCUUUGUUUCUUUACUUCUCAUUGGCUGUUCGAGUUAAUUUCUUCAGAGGAUUCAGGUUUUCAUUGGCUUGGUGGGCCUACACUUUCCCAAUGACUGGUGCUGCCAUUGCAACUCUUCGGUACUCAAUGGAGGUCCCAAAUGUAUUAACCAAAUCCCUGUCUGUCAUGCUCUGUAUCAUCUCAACAGUCACAGUGUUUUCCCUGCUCCUCACAACAAUUUUCCAUGCUUUCGUGCGCCGAGACCUUUUCCCUAAUGACAUUGCAAUUGCUAUUAGUGACAAAAGGCCUAAAACAGUCCGAAAAUGGUACCACCGGAGAUCUGGAAGCUCAGAUAAUAAAGACCAUUACCUCAAGUUUACAGACUCAAAUGACAAAGACAUCGAGGCCUGUGUAAAAUCUUCGAUCCCCGAAAACAAUGAGGAGAAUAAAACUGUUACACCUUUCUGAAACAACUAUUUCAUUGCAAUGCAAUGUAUGAAAAAGAAGGUUCUUAUAAUCUACGCAUCCAAGACAAGAGCUAAACGCGGUGUGAGACCAUCUUUACUGCUAAGACAAGAGAGGAACUUGGUUUUACAGCUCUCGAAGUUCCAGUGACGUUGUACAAGGCGUAUAGAAUGCAAAGAUUAAUACCAGAAAACCUCUGAGAGAUUAGUGUCCAUGGUUUAGGCUUCUGAGUAAAACCAAGCUUUCAUCUGCACUCAAUAUAAAUAAUUAUAGCUCAGAACUUGAAAUGCAAGCCUGUGUAUUGUAAAUGUUCAUCUGAGCACUUGGAGUUUAAUAAAAUCCCUUUUGAUUUAAAUAAUUAAAUAAAAUAUGCACAAUAUUAUAGCCUCAAAAA